UGUUUUAAAAUAGCUAAUUCUGCCUCUCUGAUUCUGCCUAGUUGACGGCGGUUGUGCAGUAGCUGAUAGAUACAGAUACAGAUCAAGACAAUCUAAAUUAAAUCCUGCAGUGAUUCAUAACCGUCAUGAGCUCGGGAAAAAGGAGGAGCAAAGUAAAAGGCUUGUUGGAGCGUUUGAAUGGCGGCGAGACUGUAAUAGUAGCUGAGGGGUACCUCUUUCUGUUUGAACGCAGAGGUCUAUUGAAAGCGGGAGCAUAUGUGCCAGAGGUAAUCUUGGAACAUCCCGACUUGGUCCGCCAGCAGUAUUGGGAGUUUGUACAUGCCGGUAGUGAUGUUGUCCUGGCUUUUACUUAUUAUGCCCACCGUGAAAAAAUGCGGCUUAUAGGACGUGAGAAAGAUGUAGAGAAGAUGAAUAGAAUUGCGCUGAAGUUGGCGAGGGAGGUUGCAAACGAGACAGGCACACUGAUGGCGGGAAAUAUCUGUAACACAAAUCUAUAUAAACCGGACGAUCCCUCAUGGAACGACAAGAUCAUGAACAUCUUCAAGGAACAAAUUGAGUGGGCUGUAGAGGAAGGGGCAGACUAUAUUUUGUCUGAAACAUGUGGUGAUAUUGGUGAGGCUGUGUUGUCGGUGAAAGCAAUCAAGAAAUAUGCUCCAGGUCUACCAGCUGUUGCCACAAUUCCUAUAUACCAGAAUGUCAUCGAUGGAGAAGUAGCCACGCUAGAUAACAUAAAGCUCAGCAAUGCAGUCAAAAUGCUUGAAGAUGCCGGAGCUGAUGUCAUUGGUCUGAACUGUGCUCGUGGCCCAGAAAUGACAAUGAAAAUUAUGGAUAUUGUCAAAGAGAAUUGCAAGAAACCGGUGGCUGCUGUACCUGUGCCCUAUCGUACCACUGACGAACAACCAAACAUGCAACUUUUAACCGAUCCAAAAACAGGAAAGCGUUUGUUCCCGGAAAAUUUGGACUGUGCCUUCUGUACUCGAUCGGAAAUCUAUGAGUUUGGAAAACGCUGUAAACAGAUGGGCAUUGGGUAUGUUGGUAUAUGCUGUGGAAAUUCCCCUCAUUACACCAGAGCUUUGGCGGAAAGCGUGGGACAUACACCACCCGCUUCUAGGUACACAACUGACUUGAGUCAGCAUUUUAUGCUUGGGAACGAUGAUUCGCUUAACAAGCACUACACCAAGGAUGUGAAGACUUUGAUAACCAUUGAAUAGUGGUUUAUGCCACAUUGAUAUCAAUGUUCCAAAUACAUAUGUAUAUAUUAAGUAUAUACUGAACUGUUUCUUGAUUGAAUAAAUUAUUUUUGAUUAAAAACAGUUUUGUUGUCAAUAUACAAGCACUACACCAAGGAUGUGAAGACUUUGAUAACCAUUGAAUAGUGGUUUAUGCCACAUUGAUAUCAAUGUUCCAAAUACAUAUGUAUAUAUUAAGUAUAUACUGAACUGUUUCUUGAUUGAAUAAAUUAUUUUUGAUUAAAAACAGUUUUGUUGUCAAUAUGAAUACUGUACUGUAGUGUAUCAGAACUGUUUUUAAUAGUGGUUUAUGCCACAUAUAUAUACUGUAAUUAUUUCAGGGAGGAACACAUUUUAAUAUUUGAAAUUUAUAUCAAUAUAUAAUAUAUAUUGAACUGUUUCUUUGAUUGAAUAAAUUAUUUUUUUUAUUAAAAAGAGUUUUGUUGUCAGUAUGAAUACUAUACUGUAGAGUAUCACAACAGUUUCUAGUGGUAGAUCCAGGAGUUCGAAAUAGAGGUGACCCAGGUAGACGCUUCCACAGACAGAGGGUCUAAACCACCUCAGCCCCACCAUGGUUGGGGCUAAGGUAAGACAAUUUAUGAUUAUGGCACCUUACCUCAUCGCCGGAAAUGGCACUCUCGGACCUAAAUUUAUAAUUUUCCUUUUUUCUCCUAAAAGAAUAGAGUAUAUAGGUCAAAAUGCAAAUCCUUUUAAGUAUAUUAAAUGAGGUCAGUCACUAAGUAUUAGAUCAAUUGAAUUUCACCAAUCAGCAUCUAAGUGACUAUCAUCAAACUUCCUCUGGUCUGGGAGUCACUCAUGUGUCAAAACUCUUUGCAGUGAAGGAUCCAGGAAUUUGAAAUAGGAGGACCAAGAAGGGACAUUCACAAAUGGAAAAUUUAUGAUUAUGGUACCUCUAGAUCAUUUUUUUUUAGAAUUUUUUAAAUAUUUAGUGGCAAGAGGGCCCCUUGAAUUGUGAAGUACUAACAGCUGUUACUGAUUACAUUCAAGGCAAAUCAUCAUGUUUUAGCAGUCUAUGGGAGUGUACAGUAGCUGUAUUUUUCACUACUCAAGGGUGGAUCCACGAUUUUUCGAUAGUGGAGGAAGCUACCAACAAUUUCAUAUGGUUUAAUCAACCGGACAUGCACCGUGGCUGGACCAAUUAUUAAAAUACAGUAUGCCCCACCAGAUACCUGGCAAUGGCUGUAAAAAUAUUAUUUCAGGGCAGUGUUCCCCAACCAAGUGACUGGCUCCUUUCCCAACUGUGGUUUGGGGAUUAGGGUAUGAAAACUACUACAGUAUAUUAUUUCUAGUUCACUGACAAAGAACAAUGAUGUUCCUUUUGCAAAUAGUUUUGUUGCUACCUUAUUGACAAUACAGAAGAAUUUGUUUUCAAACCAAAUCAGACAAACCAGCUUUGUAUAGUUGUGCCGACCAUGUAUGCAUACUGUACAAUUGCUGUUUGUUAAAAUCUCUGAUUCAAACAUGACAAUUAUAAAAAAAAAUAUGCAAAUUGCAGUAUUCUAUAGAUGUUUAAUGAUGUGAAAAAAUAAAUACAAUGUUCAUAGCAAAAAAGAAGCAUCAGAAAUAUUUUCAAACUUGGUUUUAUUAUAUAAACAAAUUUCAAUCUAAACGCUACUUUACCCUUGGAAAAAGGCUCGAGAUUUAGUUCUCUUUUAAACAUCACAAUUAUGUUCAUGAAUGUUUAAACUAUGAAGAAAAAAAAUGAAUCUAUAAAUAUAAACAAUAAGGCAAUUUGUUAUUCAAUUUAGAACUCUAUUCAAAAUAAAUUUCAAUUACCUGCAGACUACAGCAUAACAUCAAUGAUUAAUAUAUUGUAUUCAAUCUGAGUAAACAGAUAAAAUCAAUUUUGUGUUAAGCAUUAAAACAAAAGCUCUUCUACGUUUCUUUCCAUAGUAUUUCCUAGAUAAUUUAUAAAAGCGACUAGGAAGGUGGGCGACGGAUAUUAUUUUAUAAAUAUAAAUAAAAAGCUACUAGAUUUUACUGCAUAUCAUUUAUGUUAUCAAAAUUUGGAUUACAAUUAUAUAAUCAUUUUCUUUAACAGAUGUACACAAAUUGACAGAUUUGGUAGUAAGAAUACAUAAUAUUUAAUGAUGUUUUAUAUAGCCUGGGCACACAAUGCAUUGGCUGAUGAUCAUCGGCGUGAUUCCAUGAAAAGUACAAUGCGCUGAGGUGCAUGGGAUGGAUAGUUUUUGAUCUGCUUAGACUGCCACCUACCAGUGGCGAAUCCAGGAUGUUUAUGAUCUGAGCGGGCAUGACAUAUGGUCCAAGGGGUUUGCAGUGUUUCUUACUUAUUGGGGGUCUGGAGUUUUGGUCAUUUUAUUCUCUUAUCUCAAUGAUUUCAUUCUUGGUUAGACUUUUUAGCUGCUGCUGGUGAGGGGAAGGUGGUGCUCCGUUCUUACCACCCUUGGAUCUGUCACUGCCGGAGGUUGGCGUACAUCACAUUAUCUAGUACUCACACAGGCGACUGACGCAUUAUGUGUUUAAUUUUCUAAUAUGCUAUAUAUAUUGCCAAUUGCAGCCAAGAGCAUCAAGGUAUGAGCCUGAGAGACAAUGGAAUAACAUUUUAUCAUCAGCAUCAAUAAAUUGACACAAACCAUGGCAUGUGAUAAUUAGUGGCUAUUGGUUGUAAACAUUAGAAUUUAAACUUAACUGACCAACCAAUCGGAACAUACUAUUCAUUAGAUUGGGGCCAAGAAUAUGUGCCAUGCUAAAAUCUAUUGCUAUUUUAGUUCUAAUUAGUGAUUAACCAAAGUGGUUUGAUGUUUCCUUUUCAGGCAAAGAUUGUAAUAAUAAUGAUUUUCCAAUUAACAGUUUAAAUGAUUAAAUCUGAUUGAAAAUGACAAAAAUAUUUUAUAGAAUUUAGGUUUACGUUGAAUCAUACUAAAUUUCACAAGCUCAGUCAUGGAAUUGGUCAAUUGAUAGCAAAUAUUAAACAGAUACUGUUUGACCAUCAGCAUCAUUAAUUAAAUUAAUUAAUUAUGUAAUUAAUUAAUUCAUUAACGAUAUUACUUCUGAAACAACUAAAAAUCAAGAUUCACUAUUUUGAUAGGUUGAGUUAUACCCUUUCUAUUUAUCAACUUACAAUAACCCCAACUACAUAAAGAUGGAACAGCUGUACUAAUUGGUGGAUGCGUAUUUGUGAGGUCUCAACACAAAAUGAGACUGCAUCAUAGUGAGGUCAUAUGAGGUAUGCCAUCGCAAAAACUGAUGCUAUAUGUUAAACUGAGUAAUUAUCAUAGGUAUAUGGCAGUAUUGUAUACUUUUGUUCAGAGGAGGCAUAAGGCCAAAAAAAGUAAAUUUUUGUGUUGGCCAUGUUUUGGGAAAUCCAAAAAAAUUGGUAGGUCGGUAGGAAAACUUUUUUUUUUU